AAAAAAACUUUGCUUCCUUUACAAGCUGUACAUUAUCCCACAGGUUUGAGAUAAGAUAUCAUGUUUAGGGCCUGGUGCGAGGUACAUAAAAUGCCCUCAGACUGAAGCACACAGUGAAGCUAAAAUCAUGGCUCUCCUUAGAAUCCUCUCCUGCGUUGCUAUUGUCAGUGCUGCCUAUGGCUGUGGAGCUCCUGCUGUAACUCCAGUCAUCACUGGGUAUUCCAGGAUUGUAAAUGGUGAGGAGGCAGUUCCUCAUUCCUGGCCCUGGCAGGUGUCACUGCAGGACCAAACUGGUUUCCACUUUUGCGGUGGCUCCCUGAUCAAUGAAUGGUGGGUUGUGUCUGCUGCCCACUGCAAUGUGAUGACUUACCAUCGUGUGAUCCUAGGAGAGCAUGAUCGUUCUUCCAAUGCUGAGCCCAUCCAGACCAUAAGGAUUGCCAAGGUUUUUAAACACCAGCAGUACAACCCCAUGACCAUCAACAACGACAUCCUUCUCAUCAAGCUCGCUUCUCCUGCUCAGCUCAAUGCUCAUGUGUCUCCUGUGUGUGUGGCUGAGAGCAGUGACAACUUCCCUGGUGGCAUGCAGUGUGUGACUUCAGGAUGGGGUCUGACCAGAUACAACGCUCCCGACACCCCCGCUGUUCUUCAGCAGGCCUCUCUGCCCCUUCUGAUCAAUGAUGACUGCCGCCGUCACUGGGGCAAUAAAAUUAGUGAUUUAAUGAUUUGUGCUGGAGCCAGUGGAGUCUCUUCCUGCAUGGGUGAUUCUGGUGGCCCUCUGGUGUGUGAGAAGAAUAAUGCUUGGACUUUGGUAGGUAUUGUAUCUUGGGGCAGUGGCAUGUGUAACACCUCCAUACCUGCAGUCUAUGCCCGUGUCACUGCUCUCCGUUCCUGGAUGGAUGGAAUCAUUGCAGCUAACUAAAAAUACAACAUUAAUAAAUAUGUUUUUUUA